AUGUCGAUGAUGGUUUGCAAAGAGGGUCAAGUUUCGUUUUUGCCUUCAGAAGGUGCCCAACAAUGCGAUGAGGUGACCUCACAACUAGAAGGUCUCUCUCUGAAACUCACAAAAAAGAGUAAUGAACAAUUUUUGAACUAUGAAUCAAGAAAUGAUUUUAUUGAAUUGGUUAAUCAGUUAAUGGAUAGAUCCAAUACAGAACAAAUAAUUGAAAUAAGAUUCACGAACAUCAACAAGAAUGAUCCGCAGAAAGAAUUUGUACUCGCUCUUAAUGUUGGAUAUUCGUUUACUGUUAAACGCUGUUGCCCGAAGAUUGAGAAGAUCGAUAAACUUCUUCUGACACUCAAUCUCACUGCUGACUGGCACUCAUUUGUUGUUUCAGUUAGGAAGCAUUUCAUGAACACAGUCAAAUAA